AUGCAAGAGCAUCUCCCACCGGGAAUUACUAUCGUCAAAUGCGACAAUCUAGAGGAAUGGCAGAUGGACAUCAAGAUCCUUGACCAGAAUCCACUUUAUCUGGACCAGACUUAUCGCCUGAAGUUCACCUUCAGUAACAAGUACCCUAUCGAACCCCCCGAGGUCCAAUUCAUCCAAUGUCCUGCCUCCACUGGCACAUCCCGUACAAUCCCAAUGCAUCCCCACAUCUACAGCAAUGGCAUUAUCUGCCUUGAUCUCCUGGGUUCCGCCGGUUGGUCCCCAGUACAGACAGUCGAGAGCGUCUGCAUGAGCCUCCAGAGCAUGCUUACCGCCAACAAUCGUAAUGAGCGACCCGCCGGUGACAAGGAGUUCAUUGCCACCAAUCGCCGCCGCAUCCGUGACAUUAACUUUGUCUAUGAGGAUGACAAUGGAUGGCCCGCAACGGCCAUGCUUCCAGUGGAACGCCUCAAACAAGCAGCCAACAACGCCCUAUCCAACACAUCCAUAUUCACUGAAGGAUUUGCCUAUGGCCCUGACGAAGGCUACUUCCCCCUAAGAAAAAAUAUAGCCGAGUGGCUAUCCCAAUCCUAUGCACCUGCACAGCCCAUCGGCGCAGAGCGGAUAUGCAUUACCGGCGGUGCCAGCCAGAAUCUAGCAUGUGUAUUGCAGGUAUUCACAGACCCAGCCCAGACAGAGAUUAUAUGGCUCGUGGAGCCAACAUAUCAUCUUGUCUUCCGGGUAUUUGAGGACGCUGGAUUCAGUGGCCGGAUGCGAGGGAUCCCCGAGGACGGGGAGGGGAUGGAUGUUGCUGCACUUGAACUUGCUUUGGAUGCAUUUGAGCGUAGUGGAGAUUCGGGCUGUCAAGAUGACCGGGAGAAGACAUACAAGCCCCACAGGCCGUACAGAAAGAUAUACAAGCAUGUCAUCUAUUGUGUUCCGAGCUUCUCUAAUCCGUCAGGGACGACGAUGUCUCACUCGAGGCGUGAGGCACUUGUCAGAUUGGCCCGGAAGUACAAUGCUCUUGUUGUCGCUGAUGAUGUGUAUGAUUUUCUCAGUUGGGGCGUGACACAUCCCGCCAACAAGGUUCCACAUCUUCAGCAUCGCCUCGUGGAUAUAGAUCGGGUAAUUGAUAGUGGGCCAGAAGAUCGAUUUGGAAAUGUCGUGAGCAAUGGAUCAUUCAGCAAGCUUAUUGGUCCGGGAUGUCGAGUUGGAUGGGCUGAAGGGACUAAAGACUUCAUCUAUGGUCUUUCCCAAGCUGGUUCUACGCGCUCUGGUGGUGCUCCUUCACAACUAACGUCAACUUUCAUCAAUGAUAUGCUGGAGGAUAACUUCUUGCCUAAAUAUAUUACCAAUAUCCUAGUCCCAGAAGGACGACGAAGGCACUGCAUUCUGGCAUCAGCAAUCAAAACACAUCUCGGUCGUUUCGGUGUGUCAUUUACUCCUGAUCCGGAGACCAGUCCAGUUGCGGGGGGAUACUACAUCUGGAUUCAGCUCCCGGCCGCAUUGACCGCAACUCAAGUGUGCCACGAGGCCCUAGAGUUACAAAAUUUGGUGCUGGGUGGCGGUCAGAAAUUUGCAGUCCCAGCGAAUGUUCCAGGGGGAGAUUUACAUCGGCGGCUGAGACUUUGUUUCAUGUGGGAGGAUGAAGGGCGGCUAGUUGAGGGGAAGAAACAGGACUGGUAUCACCUCUUAGGUUUUAAAUAA